UUUCAGGAAAGACCUCUCGGGUGCCAGACAGGCGGGGUAUAAAACGAAAACAAAAGUCGCCUGAGUUAGGUUGUUGGACUGACUUCUUCACUCAAGACGUUCCUCUCUGCCUAUAGAAACAGAUCUGAGCCAUGGCUUUGGAACACAAUGAGUCGGCUGACUACGAUUAUGAGGAGAAUGAGCUGAACAUGACGCAUGACUACAGCCAGUAUGAACUGAUCUGCAUCAAGGAGGAGGUGCGCAAUUUUGCCAGAAUCUUCCUGCCCACCUUCUUUGCCAUCACAUUCAUCGUGGGGCUGGCAGGCAAUUCCGUGGUGGUGGCCAUCUACGCCUUUUACAAGAAACAGAAAACCAAGACUGACAUGUACAUUUUGAACUUGGCUGUGGCAGACCUGCUCCUCCUCUUCACGCUUCCUUUCUGGGCCGUGAACGUGGCUCAUGGAUGGGUCUUAGGGAAAACCAUGUGCAAAGUCACUUCAGCCUUGUACACCAUCAACUUUGUCUCUGGCAUGCAGUUCCUGGCUUGUAUCAGCAUAGACAGGUACUUGGCAGUCACCCGAGUCCCAAGCCCAGUGGGCGUGGGGAAAACAGGCUGGCUCAUCAGUGCCUGCGUCUGGACAGCUGCCAUCUUGCUGAGUAUCCCGCAGCUGGUCUUUUACACUGUCAACCACAAGGACAGGUGUGUGCCUGUCUUGCCCUACCACCUGGGGAUGUGGGUGAAGGCAUCCAUCCAGAUUCUGGAGAUCUGCAUUGGUUUCUUGGUGCCCUUCCUGAUUAUGGCCCUGUGCUACUUUAUCACAGGCCGCAUGCUGCUCAGGACCCCCAACAUUAAGAAAUCUCGACCCCUCAAAGUUAUUCUGGCGGUGGUGAUUGUUUUCCUCGUCACUCAGCUGCCUUAUAACAUCGUCAAGUUCUGCCAGGCCAUCGAUGUCCUCUAUGCCCUGGUCACGGACUGUGACACUAGCAAGCGCCUGGACAUGGCCAUCCAGGUGACUGAGAGCGUGGCUCUGUUCCACAGCUGCCUCAACCCCAUCCUGUAUGUCUUCAUGGGGGCCUCUUUUAAGAACUACAUCAUGAAAGUGGUCAAGAAAUAUGGGUCCUGGAGACAGCAGAGGCCCAAUGUGGAGGAGAUUCCUUUCGAUUCUGAAAAUCCAACUGAGCCCACCAGUACCUUGAGUAUUUAAUUGCCAUAC